CCCCUGGAGGGCUGCCGAGGACAAUACAUGAGGUUAUAAAAACCGUAGUCCAGGGAGGAGCUGGACAGAACAGAGAGGAGAAGAAGAUGGCAGAGAUUUGUGUCCCCAAGGAACCAGGUGGCCUUGAUGAGGCUGAGUCCCCAUUAUGGGAGGAGAGGGAGAUAUUUCAAGGCCAGAGAUCAUCUGAGAAAGACCCUGGGCUGUCGAGGAGCUCAAGAAGUUUGCCAGAGUGGCUAACCCGGGCCCCUCUGCAUCUGAUACUGAUCCUCAUCUCUCUGGGCCUCUUCAUGCUCAUGCUGAUCACCCUGAUUCAAGUCUCCAGGAUCCAACAAUCCCUGCCAAGAGAGAUGGACGAUCAGGAGAGCCACAGCCCGGUGGCUGUUUUGCAAUCAGACCUGGAGGAGAUCGUCCAUCAGCUGACCAGGAUGAAUGCCACCCUGACUGGCCUGUGCCGUCACUGCCCCUGGAAUUGGGACUUCUUCCAGGGAAGCUGCUAUAUCUUCUCCAAGAUUCAGAGCACCUGGAAAGCUUCUGUCUCUGCCUGUGAGGACAUGAGGGCCCAGCUGGUGGUCAUUAACAAUGCUGAGGAGCAGAAAUUCCUGAUAUCUUGGGAUAUCAGAAAGGAUAAAAGCACCUGGAUCGGCCUCAGUGACGAACACAAUGAAGGGUCCUGGAAAUGGGUGGACAACACCCCCUUAAAUAUCAGCUUCUGGAAAAAGGGAGAACCUAACAAUCAAGGAGACGAGGACUGUGCGGAACUGUCGGGUAAUGGUUGGAAUGAUAACAAUUGUAAUGGAGAACUCUUCUGGAUCUGCGAGAAGCCCUCAGCUCUGUGCCCAGGCCUCUGAGGGCCACUGUCCCCCACUCUCACCCCUGCCCCCUGUUCAGUCUCCAGGAUCAGGCCCUUUGGCCAUGCCCUCUGCUAGCUCGUCUCUGGUCCCACCCACUUCUGUUUUUAUUCCUCCUGAACUGAAGUCUUUGAGAUCUUGAGAUUCUGAGAAUCCUUUCUCCCUCCAAAGGCUUAGUGCCCCGACUCAGCCCCCAUGAUAUCCUCUUAAUAAAGUCACACACUGCAUUAUGCUUGCCAUUGAA